UGUCGUCGUUCCAACAACACUUUCCUCUGCGUCGCCGGAGAAAUCUAGUCGACGGGUAAGUUAGACUCUUCCUUCAAUCCCUUGCUCCGGCGAUCUCAUCGGAGAAUUAAUUGUCUUCCUUGAUUCAAAUUUCACCGUGUUUUUAGAAAGAAUCGAUUUAGGCACCUGAGAAAUCGCCAUUGUCUAUGUGUUUUGAAGAUGGAUAUAAUAUCACAGUUGCAAGAACAAGUGAAUUCGAUUGCUUCUAUCACUUUCAAUGCUUUUGGAACACUGCAAAGGGAUGCACCUCCUGUCCAGCUUUCACCUAAUUACCCUGAACCACCUGCUGCUGCAACCACGGUUACUGAUGAAGCUACCCCUUUUCCUGAGCAACCUAAGCAGCUCAGUGCCGGUUUAGUUAAGGCUGCUAAACAGUUUGAUGCUUUGGUUGCUGCACUUCCCUUGGCAGAAGGUGGUGAAGAAGCUCAGCUCAAAAGAAUCGCUGAACUCCAGGUGGAGAAUGAUCUUAUUGGUCAAGAACUCCAGAAGCAACUUGAGGCUGCAGAGAAGGAGCUAAAACAAGUCCAAGAGCUAUUUGGACAAGCUGCAGACAAUUGUCUGAACAUGAAGAAACCUGAAUGAAAUGAUUACCUUUGUGUCAAGCUGACUCAGAAACAAAAUGAUCUGGUUCAGAAUGAAUAUCAAUUCUGAUUUGAUUCACCAAAACAAUUUGUUGCAGAAGCAAUGACAAGAAUGAUAGUUAGCUCACAACAACAAAACUAUUAUUUUAACCUGUUACAAUAUCAUAGAAUCCACCUAUUCAUUCUAUA